AAAGUCAAUGCUUUCACACCACCAGCCACAUCGCUCCGAGAGUCAUCGGGACCAAUUUCCUUCAAAACCAAGCUGAUGAUCAAAUGACAUAACUGGAAAUCAGCAGAUAGACUCAAAGGGCUGGAGUAACGUGGGCAUUGCAGGUGGUAGAGUGCAUCUUGGACAGGAAGAGACAUGUUUUAAUUUUACUUUUCUAAAUACUAUGCAGGAAAUUGUUUUCUCAUUGCAUGUGUGGAACCAAACCUCUUUUCUUUUUACAAAACAAAAGGCAGUUUCUUCCUGAAGCAAAAACAAAGGAACAACAUGCUGGAUGAACUCAGGGGGCUCAGGCAGGUGUUGUAAAGGCUAGAAGGGUGGUUAACGUUUCGGGUCCUGCCUGCCCGUUUGUUGCAGAUUCCAGCUUCUGACUUACGUUUUGCUAAAACCAGGAAAACCUGGUUAACUUUCGCUUUUCUUUAAAUCGUUAACAGUGCAAACAUGUCUAGGCAAAUUUAGUUUCGGCUUCCUGAGUUUGUCUCCGUCACUCGGCGUCGAAUUCAUUGGCUCAUUCUCGUUUCGAAAGCGACCCGCACGGGUAUUUAAGAACGUGUUGUAUCCCAAACGCUUUAAAAACAUGUAAAGGUGUCCGUUUGGCUUGAUCACAUACAGAUUAACUGCAAAAUGACCACAAACACCGUGAGAAAAAAAGGAAAGCCUCACGGACCAGGAAAUCCCUAUUCAUCCAGAGGAAUUCGCGCAGAGUUCCAGGGACCAGAAAUUCCACAUGAGGCACAGGCAAAUCAUCUUCCCAUGGAGAAUUUUGCCAAUGGUCCUCGCGAAGUUCCGGCCUUUCAUGGAGCCUUUUCUAACCUCUCAAGGCCAGUCUUUCAGGAUGCCCGGUUGCCGUCGUACUCUCUGGGCAGGAGCAAAAAUAAUUCUUUUGGCGAAGGCAAAUCAUCUUCACCAGCGGAAGUAGUCACUGACUCUCGCCGUUUUCCGUACGAUAAUGGAAGCUUUAUUAACUCUACAAAGACUGGCUUUGAGAGCUGGAUACCUGCGUUUGGCAUGCCAGCAGCACAACAAGCACAGACAGGACAACUGAAGGCAAAUCAUCUUCCCAUGGAGCAUUUUUUACCAGCAGAAGUAGCCAAUGGUCCUCGCGACACUCUGUUCUAUAAUGGAGACUUUACUAGCCCCACAAAGACUGGCUUGCAGAAGGAUGUCUGUAUGUCUACAUAUGGCGUGCCAUCAGCACAAGCACAGACAGAACAAAGAGUGAAGGCAAUGGGUGCCCCAUUGUCCAUUCAUUACGAGCAGGAGGUGCGACCCUGCAUUGAUCUCAUUGAUUCUCUGAGAGGAUUUGGUGUGGAUAAGGAUCUCGGACUUCCAGCCAUUGCAGUGAUUGGUGACCAGAGCUCUGGGAAGAGCUCAGUGUUGGAGGCGCUCUCAGGAGUGGCCUUUCCCAGAGGGAGUGGAAUUGUAACAAGAUGCCCACUUGAAUUGAAGUUAAGAAAUGUCAAAAAAGCAAAUGUUUGGCAGGGGAAAAUCAGCUACAGGGGUUAUUCGAACUACCUCAGUAGUGCAGCUGAGGUGGAACAAGAAAUUCUCAAAGCCCAGGACAGUAUUGCAGGGUGGGGAGUGGGAAUCAGCCAUGAACUAAUCAGCCUCGAAGUUGAAUCCUCCAAUGUUCCUGACCUGACUCUGAUAGACCUGCCGGGUAUCGCCCGAGUCGCCGUUGGUAACCAGCCCCAAGAUAUCGGAGUCCAGACUAAGAGACUCAUUACAUCGUUUAUUCUGAAACAAGAGACAAUUAACCUUGUCGUCGUGCCUUGUAACGUCGACAUAGCAACCACAGAAGCACUGAAAAUGGCCCAGGAAGUGGACCCUUCUGGAGACAGAACUUUGGGUAUUUUGACCAAACCUGACCUGGUGGACAAAGGAACAGAGAAGAACAUAGUUGACAUUGUGCAGAACCUGACAGUAGAGCUGGCGAAGGGGUACAUGAUCGUUAAGUGUCGUGGCCAGAACGACAUCAAUCAAAAUAUAUCACUGGUGGAUGCAAUCGCCAAGGAAAAAGCAUUUUUUGAAGACCACGAACAAUUUGGACCACUUUUGGACGACGGAAAGGCAGGCAUCUCAAAUUUGGCCGUUCGGCUUACAAAGGAACUUGUCAACCACAUUAUUAAAUCAUUGCCUCAGUUGCGAAAUGAAAUAGAAACCAAGCUGAACCAGUCGAUGCAAUCCCUCAAUAGGUACGGCAUCGCUGCCCCCACUUCUUACUCCGAGCAAAUAACAUUCUUAAUCGAGAAAAUCAACAACUUCAGCAGCCACAUAAAAAUUCUGACCAUGGGGGAGGAACCUCAGGACAUGGUAGAUGGCGAGAGGUACAUCACCGUAGUACGAAAUGAGUUUUGUGAAUGGAACACAUUCCUGAACGAACGUGUAUCAAAAUUCCAAAAUCACGUGAAAAAUAUGUUUCCCAAAUAUGAAGAGACAUACCGUGGAAGAGAGCUGCCUGGGUUUAUCAACUACAAUACCUUUGAAUCCUUCAUUAAGAAAGAAGUCUCUGAAUUGAAAGAUCCAGCUAUUACAAAACUGAAGACAAUCACAGAUAUCACAAGGAAUAUUUUUAUGGUCGUUGCCGAGCAACAUUUCAGUGCCUUUAGUAACCUGUCCAAAGCUGCCAAGGUCAUAAUCGCAAAUAUGAGCCACAAGCAAGAAACAGAAGCAGAGAGGCUGCUGCAGGCCCAGAUUAAGGUUGAGAGUGUGGUGUAUUGUCAAGACGGUAUCUACAAUAACAGCCUUUUUGAAACAAAAGGCAAUUUGCCACAACCUUUGCCAUUUGGCAGCAUCCAAGAACUGUCGGAUCAUCUCCACGCAUAUUACAAGAUUGUCUCUCAUCGACUGGCUAACCAGAUUCCCAUGGUCAUACGCUGCUACAUUUUAAACGAAUUUGCUGACAAACUCCGGACAGAGAUGCUUCAUCUCAUUCAAGACAAGGAUUGCAUCAAUGGUUAUCUAAUGGAAGAUGAAGACACACAGAGGAAGAGAGAUGACCUCAAACGCAAAAUAGACCGAUUGACAAAAGCCCAGAAGAAAUUGCUUGAAUUUGGUUAAAUAAGCGUUGAACGAAGAUCACUGAAUACUGUAAAGAUAUGUUUAUAUUUUGUUUGCAAAUUUUUAUAUUUCUUGCCAACUUCCACUCUUGAAGGGAUUGAAUCCUUACUACUGUUUAGUUUCGGAGUUCACAAUCAUUCUUUGAUACCACCAGCCUUUAUUCCUGUUUAAUUGCAUGAUGACAAUCUAUCCACGGAUAGGUACAUGGAUAGGAUAGACUUAGAAGAAUAUGGGCCAAACCCAGGCAGGUGGAACUAGUGCAGAUGGGACCUGCGGGUCAGCAUGGGCAAGUUGGGCUUGUUUCCACAUUCUUUGACUCCAUUUGUAAGUUAUAGGAACUUACGGUACCUCCUCACCCAAUUUCCAUAUUUGUUAUGUUCCUCCUGGCUAAUGUCCUCUUUCCAAUCAAGCGAUAUAAGUCUGAAGAAGGGUCUCGACCCGAAACGUCGCCUAUUCCUUCUCUCCAUAGAUACUGCCUCACCCGCUGAGUUUUUCCAGCAUUUUUUGUCUACAAGGGUCAUAUUUGCUCCCAUCCCAUCCUGACUGAAAUUGGCUAACUCUGGAAAACAUGGAUUGAUUUUAAAUUGAAGGUAGACACAAAAUGCUGGAGUAAUUCAGUGAGACAGGCAGCAUCUCUGGAGAAAUAGAUAGGGAGACGAGACCCUUCGCCUGAGUUAUUCCAGUAUUUUGUGUCUUAUCUUUGGUGUAAACCAGCAUUUGCAAUUCCUUCCUACACAUAUUGAUUUUAAAUUGUCUGUAUAUUGAGCAGCUUGGUGUGAACUUGUUUAAGCUGUCAAGUAACCUUUAAUUGUCUUUUGAUGCAUCUUAUGAGGAAUCUCUUUGCUUAAUGGAUUGCGUUUAGUAACAAGAGAUUGAGUUUAUACAAGAUGGGCAAGAGAUUGAGUUUACACAAAGCCCAAAACAUCUUCUGCCUUUUUCCACAGAUGCUGCCUGACCUGCUGAGUUCCUCCUGCACUUUGUUUUUACACUUAGCUAAUGUUCCCCGACAAUUACAUUCCGUAUCAUGUUUUGGAUGUGAAAUUGGAAUUUAGAUUGUGAUUAGUUUUAAAUUAAUUCUAAUCACACUUUACAUUUUUUAUCAUGUUUUAAAACAAAUUUGGAUUUGACUUGAAGCAAAUAGAUAAUUAUCCGAUAUAGCAUUCACAAGGAUACAGAGUGGAGUGGAAUUUAGUGUUUGAUACGAGUCAUUUUACAAUACUGGAGAGAUUUUGAGGUUCAAGAUUAUUAUUCUAAUUUUUACACCAAUACACUGUUCUUAACAAAAAUCUACCUAUCAUAUGAAACCUCAUAAAUAACAGAUAUAAAUUAGAUAACUUCACGACCGAAAGUCAAACAUCUUUUCAUGACAGACAAAUUUUCAUUGUUUUACCACCAAUUUGGACACCAAAAAUGUGACAUUAAAAACUUUACCACAUUUAGUCAUUAAUAUUUAAUUCAUAAAUAAACUUCAUAUGGCCCCUCAUACAUACAUGUUUUGAUAAUGAUCUAGGGAAAUAUCUUCAUCAAUACCAGGAGAAAAAUACAGUAAUAUGUCCGGUAUUCCGCCUAGCAAAGAUCUGGUAACGGCCGUUGUGCUUGGUGUCCAUUGUCACAAUGACGGUUAUCGGGGUCGGUACCUCCGUAUGUUAAACCAUGGAGGCUCCAAACUCUACUGUUUUUCACAAACCCCAACAAAGUAUCCUAUGGUAGUAUUGCUUUUUGGGCGUUAAUUAUUUUUUCUUAUAUUCAAAUGUAAUAUAUCAAAAACAUCAUGGUGUCAUUCUUUCAUGUCAACCUCCGGAAGCUCCACAACGACCGUUACGGAGACAUUUAACUUCCAAAAAAAUCAUCCCAAAUCAAACCUUCCGAUGAAUCAUCGGCCAUCGAUAUAGCUCAAAUCCAUAAGGCUUUAUCAUGGCCGUUCCUGUUUUCCAUAACAGUUUUUUCUAUCUAUGGAUAUAAUUUGGUUUUCUCUAAUACUGUAACGUUUGUUUUCUGGGACACUAAACUUUGAGGGUUCACUGCAACGUACGUUUGUGUAACGCGUACGUUGCAGUGUCCACUCAGAUGGGUGCAGUAUUCCACUACAUGAUCAUGUGGAUGAAGUGGAGUUGAGCCACGAGGCACGACAUCCGGAGGUUGCGAUGAAUCAUCCGAUCAGCUGAGAAGGUUGUUGGCUGCAACCUUCCCUCCAUUGAUGAACUGUACACUGCAAGGCCCAGGAAGCGAGUGGGUAAUAUCAUCUUUGACCCUUCUCACCCUGGCCACAAACUCUUUGAAUCACUUCCCUCUGGAAGGCGACUCCGGACUGUCAAAGCUGCCACAGCUAGACAUAAAAACUGCUUUUUUUCCCACGAGUAGUAGCUCUACUCAAUAACCAAAGAUCUGUUGCCUUUUUGCUCUGGUCUUUUUUUAAAUUCACAUGUUUAAUCGAUAAUGUUUUAUUAUUAAUGUUUUAUGUGUCAUUCUUAAUUGUCAUUUUAUGUCAUGUUGUCAUUUGUGAGCGGAGCACCAAAGCAAAUUCCUUGUAUGUGAACGUACUUAGCCAAUAAACUUAUUCAUUCA